AUGAACAGUUUACGCCUUGCACAAAAUUAACACAGCCGUUUUUCUUCGAAAAAGAAAAAAAUUACCAAAAUUGGAAAAUUUCGAAUUUCGUAUUCAUUUUGAUUUCAUUCGAAUUUACCUUGAAACAGAAUUCCAAUAAUAAAAUAAUUGAUAAUGGCAUUCGGUUUUACUGCAUUUACCUAUAUUUUGGCAUUAAUUUUGGAUGCUUUUCUCAUUUUUUUCUCUGUUUUCCAUGUGAUUGCAUUCGAUGAAUUGAAAAAUGAUUUCAAAAAUCCAAUAACACAAUGUAACACAUUGAAUCCGCUUGUAUUACCUGAAUUCGGUAUCCACAUCUUUUUCAACAUAUUGUUUCUAAUCUGUGGAGAAUGGCUUACUUUGAUAAUAAAUGCUCCACUUAUUGCCUAUCAUAUCCAUAGAUAUAUGAAUCGUCCGGUAAUGUCAUCACCAGGACUUUAUGAUCCAACAACAAUAAUGAAUGCUGAUCAAUUAUCACGAGCAACAAAAGAAGGUUGGGGUAAAUUGGCAUUCUAUUUAUUAUCAUUUUUCUAUUAUCUUUAUGGUAUGAUUUAUAAUCUAACAAUGACGGUUUGAAACAAAUAAAUAUCGAAUUCUUGGAAAAUCGAAAACAAAACUGUCAAGCAAAUCCUCAAAUCAUUCUUUAUUAUCAUUCUGCCUGCACACACAUACACACCACAAACACAACCAUUUUUGAAAACAAACAGUUUUAGUUUACCAAAACAGAAACCUUGUGUGCAAAAUAAUAAUAAUGAUAAUCAGUUUUUUUUUGUAAAUACUUUUAAAUAAAUAAAAAAAAUAUCUUUGAUUAUUUUUUU